GUCUUGUUCCGCUUUUCCCCGGCUUCGUAAAGUAGUAGCAUAUUGCUAAGCGGAAAAGUUAACGGCGAUAGUCAAAUGUAGCAGCAUUAUUUUAAUUCUCUGUAACUAGCAGACAUAUCAGUGGCCACUGUGGAAUCAACACUACCCAGGUGGGCUGUUUUCAAGUGUAGUAUCGUCUCAAAAUAGCACCACAGUCCUUACGUCUGCUGUUUUACAUCAAAAAUAAUACCAGCACGGUCCGAGACGAGGGGGAAAAUGCCAUCGAGAAAUCACCUUGAUAAAAUCGGGAGGAAGAAAAAGAAGAGGUGGACAGAGGACGCCAUGGAGCGUGCACUGAUAGAGGUCAAGUCAGGCAGGUGCACAGUGAGACAAGCUGCCAAGGAGUUUGGAGUCCCUAAAUCUUCACUGGGGGACAGAGUCAGUGGACGGGUGACCCCUGGGAGCCGUAGCGGCCCGGCUCAGCUUAUAACAUCUGCUGAUGAGGAGUUGUUGGUCGAGUUCUCCUUAUACAUGUCCAGGCAUGGAUUCCCACUUACAAAGCAGCAGCUGGUGUCCUUCGCAUCGUCAAUUUAUAAGCGGCAACACCGGAGGGUGGCAUUUUCCAAACUGGGCCAGACAUGGUGGCUCAAUUUUAGAAAGAGACAAGAGAAAAACAUCACUAUUCAGCCAGCAGACAAUGUUGUCCGUGGGAGGACUGUGUCAGUGAGAAAGGAAGCAGUAGAUCAGUUUUUUCACCUCCUGAGGACUGUUGUAGAUGCUCAUGAGCUCAUAGACAAACCUCACCAAAUUUUCAACUGCAAUGACACAGACUUUCAGCUGAGUAGGAAGAGGGUGACUCUCCCCAAAUCUGUCGGUCUAGGCUACAAGCCAGCGCCAGGCUCCAGGGACCAUGUCUCCGUCCUGGCUUGCUUUAAUGCGGUUGGAGAGGACAUCCCCCCAUUUAUAAUCUACUCAAAGGCCUAUCCAGGGGGAGUAUGCUACAAGACACAAGGACCACCGAAUGCCCUAUACGGGUGGUCAGACUCGGGAUGUAUCAAUUCAGACCUCUUUAAGAAAUGGUUCCUCAAACAUUUUCUCGUGCACGCACCAAAGGAGCGUCCACUGCUGCUGAUUUUCGAUGGCCACAAGUCACCCGUGAACCUGGAGGUGGUGGAAACAGCUCGUAAGGAGGAUGUCAUUCUUCUGUGCCUCCCACCUCAUUGCUCCCACAUCCUCCAGCCACUCAAUGACGGUCUCUUUGUGGUCCUCAAGCAGCACUUUGCUUCAUUCCUAGGCGACGACUACACUACUGACACCCACUUUGCAGUUAGCAAAAAGGAGUUCUCAGGGGUUUUCAAAGGAACAUAUCAGGUAGCAAAGGAGGAGGAAGGUGUGAGAAUUGUGAAGGAAGGCUUUAGGAAAUCUGGGAUCUACCCACUGAACCCCUUCACCAUCUGUGACAGACACAUGAUAUCAGCCCACCACCCUGGCCAGAUAGCUGCACCCUCCUUGUCAACACCAGUGCCGGGAGUGCACACUGUAGGAGACCUCACAGAUGCUGGGCCGUCUUCCUAAUUCAUUGCUAUAAAAAUGAAAGUGUGAUUGACUGCAUAAUUGAGCAAAGCAGAAAUGAACACAGGCUCGUUCUGUCUUUCAAAAUACUGAAUUAAUUACAGUCCUGUUUUUAAUAUAGUGAACCACCUCCUGCUGCCUCCCUGCAGAGAGCCCAGUUUGAGGAAGGCUUGCAUUGUUAUUAAUUACUACUCAACAAUGAGCUCAGUUUUAGUUAUCCGGUAAUAAUGUUUGAAUGCUGCACAACUGUGGUUUUCAAUGGGUUGGGAGUCCCAAGGUGAACAUGAUUUUCAAAAGGAUAUUAAAAGAAAAAUAGAGGAAAUAUUUCUGCUUAACAAAAAUCUGUAAUUUCUCUUCAUAAAUGCUUCCAUCUUCUUGUGAAUUAUUGGAUGGCAAGCCAUUUAAAUUAAGUGACCCAUAAAAGAAAAACACUUGCAAAGCACUCACAAGUUGCUUCAGCCUAGGGGAUUGUGAGCAAAAGGACAUUUGUAGAUAUUCAGUGCCAUCUUUUUUUUUGGUAUUGCUGGCCAGUCAGUUAGCGAAGCUAACCAUCAUUGGUAAGGGGCAUGAUUUCAGUUUAGUGGUCUCUGACAGCAAGUGAGGGAGGGGAGGCUGUGAGGUGUGAGUUGCCCGAGCAGUUCUGCACAGAUAUAACACUGGUGCUUCACUCUGUCAUUUGUUUUAUGUAUCUAAGUAAUGUGACAAAUUCACUCGAUUAUCUCAAACACACUGGAACGGAUAAAAGAAUGGAUUUAAAGCUUGGGCACAUUUUCAUAUGUUAUCUGUUGUAGAUGUCUGAUAACUACACUUUAUGCUGUGCAAGAUGUCUCUGAAGCACAAUCAAGCCUCUUAACUACCAGACUGAUUUUGAGUGGAAGUUGGAACCAUUUAUUGAAGGAUGUGUCAUCAACAGAUGAUGCAGCUUUAGAAUAUGAUACACCUACUGCUGUUGUCAUGGUUUUCUUUGGAGGUCAAAGAAAAUAUGUCCAUUUUUGGUUCCAACGGUUGUUGUCUUUUUUUCCCUAAAUAGUUUGAAAUUGUACAUGUGAUUCUAUUGUUCCUUUACUUACAUCUACUGGCCUAUUUGUUAGGUACGCCUGUUUAGCUUCUCAUUAAUGUAUAUAUCAAGUCAGCCAAUCACAUGGCAGCACUGUGCUAUCAUGUUAAUGUAGAUCAUAAUCUCAGGAAGGUUUCCAGCAUGUUGUUGAAUCUAUGGUAUGAAUAAUUAAGACAGUUCUGGAG